AUGUCCACAGCAGCCAAGGGGUCCAAGGAAAAGCCGAUUGCAUCUCUCCUCGCGGGAGCGACUGCGGGAGGUGUCGAGGCCUUCAUCACUUUUCCCCUCGAGAGCGUCAAAACGCAGCUGCAGUUCGGUGCCCUCAAUGGCGACAAGCCAAUGUCACCCUAUACAGCACUCAAGACUACGAUACAACAACGAGGUGUGAAGGGUCUAUAUGCUGGUGUCUCUGCGGUGGUCAUUGGAAAUGCUGCCAAGGCAGGUGUGAGGUUUACAACCUAUGAUCAAUUCAAGAGUCUCUUGAAGGACGAUGAAGGCAAAUUGACAGCUCCCAGAUCGAUGCUGGCUGGUCUUGGUGCGGGCAUGUCGGAAGCUGUCAUUGCGGUCACUCCCUCGGAAACCAUCAAAACCAAGAUGAUCGAAGACUCCAAGCUCGCGCAACCCCGGUACAGGGGUCUCGUCCACGGUGUCCAGACCAUCAUCAAAGAAGAAGGCUACCUCGGUAUCUACCGAGGUGUUGGACCGGUCAUGCUGAGGCAAGGAGCCAACUCUGCUGUGCGGUUCUCGAGUUAUUCGACCUUGAAGCAGCUUGCGCAGGGAAGUGUGGUGCCCGGGGAGGACAUGCCGGGGUGGAUGACUUUUGGCAUCGGAGCGGCGGCAGGCAUUGUGACUGUCUAUUCUACCAUGCCAUUCGAUGUCGUCAAGACUCGGAUGCAGUCCAUCCACGCCAAGCAGGAAUAUCGCAACGCCCUUCACUGCGCUGCGCGUAUCUUUAAAGAAGAGGGCAUCUUCAAAUUCUGGGGUGGUACCGUCCCCCGGCUGGGACGACUUGUCAUGAGCGGCGGUAUCAUCUUUACCGUGUACGAGAAGGCGUACCCCGUCGUGGCUUCUGUGCUUUAG